AUAGCAUUUUUUUUUAUUGUUAGAUUUUGCUAAACAUUUACUAAUAAAUGCAAACAUAAAGGGUUUCUUCUUUUAAAGGGUUAACAGUGAUAAUGUGUGUACAAGAAAGAGGAACCCAACUUCCUGCUACUGGAGGCCUGCUGCUAAGUGUGUGUGUGAGAGACGUAUAAAAAAGCCGGAAGGACAGCAUAAAGGCAGAGGGGCUAAUACAUUAGUACAUCUCUCCUGCGCAGAAAUUGUACUCUCUAACUUCUUGCAUUCGAAAUAAAACUUGUUAAUUUUCAAUUCAGAUCUCCGUCAAUUUUUGAACAUGCAAUGGACCAUUUGAGUCCAACAAUUGGUGACCCGACGACGUGAUUGACUGGAGACUGUCAAAUAGAUGAACGUUUAUUUCUGAUGCCAAAUCCAGAGGCGCCUCUCUAAAAGAAAGGUAAGCAGAAACCUUUUUCUAAAAUUCUGCUAUUGAAUAUUCUAAAUAAGUGGCUUUUGGCAUCGGUAAAUAUGUUGUUCAUUUCUUUGAUACAUUUGAUGCAUGCAGGAGGUUACAGACUACAUAUAAAAAUAAAAAAAUAAAAAAGAGAAGAAUGAAUUGUGAUAAGUUGUGAUAGAGAAAGUUAGGGUGAAUCGUUAGGAUUUACGGAGAAGUCCUGUUCCCUAAAUAGGCAAUUAGGGUGAAUCGUUAGGAUUUACGGAGAAGUCCUGUUCCCUAAAUAGGCACUUAGGGUGAAUCUUUAGAUUUACGGAGAAGUCCUGUUCCCUAAAUAGGCAAAUAAAUUGGAAAUUGUCUGUCUUGACGAAGUCAUUCAUAUUUCCAAUUAUCAGGGUGAAUACACAAGUAUUUAAAGGAGAAGCCCUUUUCCCUGAGGAGGCAAAACCCUUGAAAAUCCCUCUUAUUCUGACGAGAAUUUGAUAUUUUCAAGUAAAUUUCUCAAGGAUAGCAGGUUUAGUGAAUUGAGAAAUAGUGAGAGUGUAGGGAUAGGGAUAAAAAAUAAAAUAAAAAAUAAAAGGGAUUAAAAAAAUUUAAAUAAAAAAUAAAUAAAAAAAAAUGGAAGGAGAAUUUGAUAGAGAAUGUGAGGAAUAUGAUUGUCCUCCACUAAGACAACAAUGGGAUAAAAUGGUAGAUAUCUUAUUGGCACAAACUGAUCAAAAAGAUAGAAAAAACGGAUAAAAGAACUGGGAGAAUGUACGCGCGAAUUUAUUGAACAUUAUAGCACUGAUUGUAUGGACAAAAAGGGGGUCUCUGUUUCAGAAAGUGGGAAUAAAAGAGAAAAGAGCACAAGAAGCUGUUUUCAGACACAGAAAAGAGGAAGUAAGGCUGUUACACAAGCGAGCCCAUGCAAAGAAAGAAAAACAGUUAGAUAAAGAUUUGAGAAGAUGUUCUAGAGUUACACUCGCAGCAUCUGUACUAAAAUCAAAGAAAAGGGAAGUGAACAGCAAAGAAGCUGAAGCUAAACUGAGUAAAAAACAGGAAGCUGAGGCUGAGACUAAGACUGAUCAGAUAGCGACGCCCUAUGCCCCACCAUACAGAGGCUAUACCAAGAUCACUCCAAAACCCAACUAUAAGCCAGCAACCGAAGCAGUUAGUGGUCAAUAAAGAACAGGAAAUUUAAACAUUGGGAUGGUAAAAAAGGAGCAGCAUACAUAAAUAGAUACUUUCAAAGACUGAGAAGAAGCAUGCGAUGAAAACCAAAUGUCUAACGCUGUUACUAAUAGAAUUUUCAGGGCAGCAGUGUUACAAGGAGCUCCUGCUGGUGUGACCCAGGCCAUGGAACAGUCUCCUGAGGUACCAGGCAGUGAUGAUACUAAAUGCAAAGGUAUGCAGUAGAUUUCAUAGACAAAGCAGUAGAGAGAGCGGACAUAGAAGGAAGUGAGUUGUUAAAGCUGAAAAAAAAAAGAAUUUUGAAACUGUAGCUUGAGAAAAGGAAGUCAGCUAAAAAUAAAAUAAGGGCCUGAAUGCCUCCCCACUUCCUGAAACAGACAACCCAAUAACACUGUUUACAGAUGGUAGCUGCCAAAGGGCAGAUGAUGGAACUCUGAAAGCAGGCUUUGCUGUGGGUAAAUUACAGAAUGAUCAAUUGGUCACCAUACAAUCUGGAACCCCUAAUUGGCAAACAAUCUGCACAAAAAGCAGAACUAUUGGCCCUAAUCAAUGCAUUGAGACACUCAAAAGGACAGUCUGUCAACAUCUACUCUGAUUCUGCAUAUGCAGUGUCCACAGCCCACGUGGAGCUGCCUGUGUGGAUCAGAUGUGGAUUCACAACUUCUUCUGGCCGGCCUAUUACUCAUGAGAAAGAAGCAUAAGAGCUCUCUGAAGCCAUAAUGUUGCCAGACAAAGUGGCUUUUAUCAAGUGCACUGGUCAUUCUCAAGGAACUGACCUAAUAUCAAAAGGGAAUGAAGCAGCAGACUUGGCGGCAAAACGUGCCUCAGGCUACCUACAGGGUCAGUUUGUGGUCACAUCUGAGCCAGACGUGACAUCCCUCCUACCAGAAUUCUCAAGAGAAUUCUUAUCCGAGCAGCAAGACAUGGCUGCUCCUGAAGAAAAGUCUGUGUGGAAAUACAAAGGGGCAAUCAGACACGAGGAUGGCCUUUGGACAGCAGCUGAUGGUAGAGCUUUGCUCCUAGCAUCACUAGUCCCAAGCGUGUUGAAAGAAGCCCACACACAUGCACACUGUGAUGAUAAGCAAAUGUCGCGAGCAUUGCAAUCAUGGUGGCAUCCUUUUAUGCCACACCUAAUUUCUGGGUACAUAAGGACAUGUGACAUUUGUCAGAUGCACAAUGUCAAACCAACUAUGAAACCAUCUCAGGGAUCGUUCCCAUUGGCAAAUGGCCCUGGAGAUGAAGUUAUAAUUGAUUUCACUGACAUGAUUGAAAGGGUAAAUGGUAAACAAUACUUGCUUGUUAUGAUUGAUGCAUAUACAAGAUGGCCAGAGGCCUUCCUGGUGGGCAUGGAAGACAGCACUGCUGUCAUUAAAUGUCUGAUAAACCAUUACAUCCCACGUCAUGGUUUUCCAAGCCGGGUCAGAUCUGACAACGGCUCACACUUCAAAAAUGAACAUCUGGCUGAUGUUGAAAAGGCAUUGGGUUUAGUACACCAUUUCGGGGCAGUCUAUCACCCACAGUCACAAGGUAAGGUUGAGCGGUUGAAUCUAACAUUGAAAAACAAAUUGGCUGAAAUCUGUGCACAGACUAAAUUGACAUGGUUGGCUGCUCUUCCACUGUCUCUCAUGUCAGUAAGGAGCUCUGUGAGUAGGGCAACAGGAUACACGCCUUUUGAACUGUUGACUGGUCGCCAAUUUCCUGGCCCACUGACCCCACUACAAUUGCAACCAGUACAACCGUUAUCACACAAAAUUUACUAUGACAAAUUGACUGCUCUAAUUGAAUCUUUUGACAAAAUGUUACCAACUGAUUUUAGGGGACACGAAUAUCAAGCACCCCUACCUGACCGAACUUGGGACUGGGUGAUAUUGAGAAUCUACAGGCGUAAAUGGAAAGAGCCUCGCUGGUCUGCUCAAAUUAAGUGCUGUCCGGCGGACCCACAGUCCAGAUCAUUGGACGACACCAGAGUGGACCUUGCUUCGCAGGUCCAAGAGAGGGAGGAUACCACAGGAGGUACAGGAGGGAGUGAGGGUACCACAAAAGGAGAUGACACACAAACACGUACACACGAUAACAAUUUUCAUCCAUCACAAAGUAACCUACAAACUUUACAGGUGGUCCAUAAAACUGGGGAUUUAUUCGCAGCCCCUAAAGGAGAAGCUGUAGCCCAUUGUGUCAGUGCAGACUGUGCAUUUGGAGCGGGCAUAGCGAAAAAUUCAGACAAAGAUAUAGUGUUGACAAGGUAAAGGCCCAGAGAAAAACAAAAGGUGACUGUGCUACAACUUACGAGGCAGACAUAAUAGUUUUCCACCUGAUCACAAAAAACGUUUGCCAGAGACCUACCCACAUAUGAGGUCUUUGAGAGCAGUCUAAUCUGCAUGAGAACGUGGUGUGACAAAUUACACAUCACCAGAUUGUCAAUACCCCGGCUGGGGUGUGGUUUGGAUAUGUUGGAAUUCUAUAGAGUUCUCCACAUUAUUGAAAAUACAUUUAAAGGCCAGAAUAUAACCAUUUCAGUUUAUACGUUAGAAUAAGUUUACUGUGCUUGCUAUUUUUUAUUAUAGCUUAUAUAUCAUUUGCUGUUAACACAAUAAUGCUGUGAAAAAUAAGAUAAAAGGAGGAUCAGAAUUGAAUAAUAAGGAAAACCAGCAUCAAUAAAACAUGAGGGUCAAGCUGUGGGAAAACUGGAAACUAUUGGGGAUAGUGGGGAUAUUAACACUGAUAAUAGUGGGGACAAUUCUAGGAGUAGGAAAAAGUCACAACAGGAAUGAAACUUCAACUGUAAAACCAACCAGAGUAAAAAGAUCCCUAGGGAAAGAAAAGAGGUGUUCCAAGUAUUAUGGAGGGCUGUCCAUAGAAUAUGUAAAGGGAGAGACAACAUCUUACACAUUUGAUCUAUGUCAGGUAAUUGACUGUGGGGGACACAAUAGUUCGUGGCGAGGAUAUGACGUAUAUGUUUGUUUAGAUCAGACUAUGAAUGCAUGGUGUAACAUGAGGGGUAAAGCGGAUAAUAAGUGGUGUAGAGGGUAGGAUCAAGUAGUGGGGUACACAGGGAAAUGGACACCAAACCCAACAUGGUUAGGGAAUUUUAAAAACGAGUGGAGAAAACUGAAAAUACAAAGGGAUUAUAGUCCUACCCAGAACCCUAUUACUAUGUCAAUAGGGGAGUGGACAGGAUACCCCUUAGAUGAGACCCAUUAUGCUGGGAAAAACAAUCCGCCUAAGUUUCUCCAUAUACUAUUAGGAGUUGAGAUAUCAGGAACUGACCCCCUGGGAAUCAUAGAAAUUGAGUUUUUAGAUAAGGUUAAUGUAAUAGAUAGAAACAAGACAAUGACUAUAUGACCACAAUCAGAGAUCAUAGUAGAGAAGUAGAGGUCAAAGGGUUGUAAUAGAAAUGGAUUACACCAAAUUAACUCCUGAAGAUAUUUUAGAUAUCACGGGAUAAGGGAAAACUACGAAAGGUAUAUGUGCAAUGGUUAGGUUGGCAGCACCAGUAACACUGAUUGGCAAGAGACGAGAGGGAAGGGGUGAAAGUAUAGCUGGGAGAAGAAAUAGGGACGCAACGUUUGACUUAACCACAAAUUCCCCAACCUAUAUAGAUUCAAUAGGGGUCACGAGAGGAGUCCCUGAUCAAUACAAAACUAGUAGACCAAAUUGCUGCCGGGUUCGAGAAUAUCCCAAUAAUUUCAGCCCUAUUCCCGGUCACCCCAAGUAAAAUGUGGAUAGAAUAAAUUAUGUGCACUAUAAUGUCAUGAGAUUGGCAAAUCUGACACAAGAUGUCGUAGAAGGAUUAUCAGAACAAUUGGCUCCAACCUCAUUAAUGGCAAUACAAAAUAGAAUAGCACUAGACAUGCUAUUGGCGGAAAAGGGGUGCCAUGUUCCAAGAUUUUUGCUGCACUUUUAUUACCAAUAAUACCACCCCAGACGGAUCAGUAACGAGGGCUUUAGAAGAAUUAAAAACCCUUUCUAAAACAAUGGCAGAACACUCUGGUGUAAAUAACCCAUUUGAUGAUUGGCUGACCGGUGUGUUUGGAAAAUAUAAAACCAUGUUUACAUCAAUUUUGAUCUCUUUAGCUACAUUUGUGGCCAUAAUAGUGACCUGUGGAUGCUGUUGCAUCCCGUGUAUCAGAACAUUGUGUAACAGGGUGAUAAUUGCAGCAAUUGAAAAGAAAGAUGGAGCUCCACCCCCUUACACAAUGCCUCUGCUGAUAUCUCCAGGAAAUAAUGAUGAUGAGGAGGAGGAAUAUGACUUAUAAAUGUUGUUUUUUCCCAAUAACUGUGCUUCUUUGCAGAUGCUGAUUCAUCACAAGUUAUAUGUUUUCUAGAUAUUGAUGUUUGAGAAAUUUGCUGUUUGAAAAUGUGUUAAGAUUUAAAUUUUGAUUAUUGAAAUGUUUGUAGUCUAGAUAAUUUCAGUGUGAUUGACUCAGCUGACAUGUUGUGGUUGCCCAAACGUCAAUUAGGGAAUCGACUGGGUGCCUUUCCCCACAGGGGUUUUCGGCCCAGUCCAGCCUGAGCACACUGGUUUAUAGGGAAUUUAUAGAGAGUAUCAUUGUUUGACUGUUAUGAUUGUGUUUAUUGCUUUUAUUUUUCUAAGUGGUCUGAUAUGAUGUUUCCGGUGAACAUGUGGUGGCUGCCCAUAAGCCAACUAGGGGGCCGCUUGGGUGUCUUUCCUCACAGAGGUUUUCGACCCAAGCUCAUCUGGACAUAUUGGACCAAGAAUUCUGAGAUUUUUUAAGUGUUUAUUAAAGUGGUGUGGCCUCUUUUCAGAGGCCAAGAGAGGGAUUGAAGGAUAGCAUUUUUUUUUUUAUUGUUAGAUUUUGCUAAACAUUUACUAAUAAAUGCAAACAUAAAGGGUUUCUUCUUUUAAAGGGUUAACAGUGAUAAUGUGUGUACAAGAAAGAGGAACCCAACUUCCUGCUACUGGAGGCCUGCUGCUAAGUGUGUGUGUGAGAGACGUAUAAAAAAGCCGGAAGGACAGCAUAAAGGCAGAGGGGCUAAUACAUUAGUACAUCUCUCCUGCGCAGAAAUUGUACUCUCUAACUUCUUGCAUUCGAAAUAAAACUUGUUAAUUUUCAA